CUGAAGAAAACAGACUCCUUAACAGUGUCUCUACUUACAGCAAGAGGACUUGACGCUAAACACACGCUGAAGAUGCUGUGCUCUCAUGGAUUCCAGUCUGCCCUCAGUCCAUUCAUGGACUUCCACUGGCCUGUACGCAGUCUGUGGCCAGAGGUCAGACCUCUGCUCUACCAGCAGGAUCUACUGCGGAGAAACCUACAGGAGCUGCGCUGCAGUCUGGAGCUGAUGCACAAACUUCAACAUAAGAUCCUGGAGGAGACAGAGCCUUUCCAAAGCAGUGUGGCCGUGCAGCCGGUCUCCUACCAGCUGGACAAAGAGGGAGAGCACUUUGGCCUGACCCUGGACACUCGCGGCUUCUCCCCAGAGGAGCUGUCUGUGAGGCAGGUGGGCAGGAAGCUGAGAGUCAGUGGGAAGACAGAGAAGAAGCAGGAGGAUGGGAAAG